AUGUAUUCGAAUGCCUACUAUGCCGGCAACAACAGCCGCCCAGGUCAGCCCCCCUAUGGCCAACAGCCACCACCACAACAGCAGCACCAACAGCAGCCUUUCCCUGGCUAUUCCCAGCCUCAGCAACAGAAUCUCCAGCCAGGGCCCUUCAUACCCCAACCGACCGGCUAUGCGGGCAACCAGAUGCAGCAAAUGAAUGUGCCGAUGCAACAACCACAGCCCACUGGGUUUCCUGCCGGUGGCCUUCAACCCUUUCAACCCCAGUUCCCCGGCUUCCCUCCUCAAAACCAGCAGCCUACUCCGAUGGCACCUCAGCAGCAGCAGCAGCAGCACCAUCAGCAGCAGCAGCUCUCGGCGCCUCAACCUAUGCCCCCUGCCCAACAAACGGGCCACACUUCGUCGCAGAUCGCGCAAUCGUUUCAACAACCGUCAGGCCCGGCUCCUUCAGUGACACAUCAUGGUGCUUUAGGUUCCAAAAUUCCAAAUAUGCGCCUUUCUUUUAUCACCGCUCAGGAUCAGGCGAAGUUUGAACAGCUUUUCAAAUCUGCUGUGGGGAAUAAUCAGUCGCUAGAUGGAGAGACGGCAAAGGAUCUGCUUCAGCGCUCCAAGCUGCCUGGAAGUGACCUUUCCAGAAUCUGGGUGCUCUCUGAUACCACGAAAUCGGGCCGUCUCCUUUUCCCCGAGUUCGCAUUGGCAAUGUACCUGUGCAACUUGAAGCUAACGGGAAAAGAACUCCCAUCCACUCUCCCUGAACGGAUAGCGAAUGAAGUCUCCAGCAUGGUCGAUAUGAUAUCCUUUGCCGUCCCGGAUGAUGCACCAGCAUCGGCUCCCAAGACAAACGUUCCAAAUUUUGAUGCUCCCCUCAUGCAAAACGUGUCUGCACCGCCUGCACCCCAGCAUCCUCAACCCCAACAGGCUUCUAAUACUCAGCUUCUAUCCCAAUUGACUUCACAGCCGACCGGAUUCUAUAACCAAACUACAAGCUUUCAGAUUCCUACAAUUGUGCAACCUCAACAAACUGGCUUUCCCGGUCAGAAUACUGGCCUCCACCCACAGCAAACUGGGUUUACGAAUAACCCUCAGCCAACUGGUUAUAGCGGACUGCGACCUCCAAUGCCCCCCAUGCCGGCUGAAUUUGGUUCGGCCCUUUCACCUUCCCAGACCGGACUUGGUCCGCAGAACGCUCAACCAACUGGUGUCCCCGGGCAGUGGGGUUUUGUCAAUGCCCCUGCAACUGGAUUGCCCAACAUUGAAGCGUUGAAACAGCGAUUAAUGCCUCAGUCUGGUCGUGAAGGCGGGUUCACGACUCAGGGUCUUUCAGGGAACGCGACGAUUCCAUGGGCAGUGACGAAGGAUGAAAAGAAGAUUUAUGACCAGCUUUUUAGAGCGUGGGAUGGGCUCAAUAAGGGGUUUAUUGGUGGUGAUGUUGCAAUCGAAAUCAUGGGCCAAAGUGGUUUGGAUCGCCAGGAUCUUGAGCGCAUCUGGACGCUGUCAGACCCGAGUAAUCGGGGAAGGUUGAAUAUGGAUGAGUUCGCUGUAGCGAUGCAUCUGAUAUACCGGAAACUCAACGGAUACCCUGUACCCAAUAGACUUCCGCCUGAACUUAUCCCUCCAUCAACGAGGAACUUGGACGACUCUAUUGGAACCGUCAAGUCCCUUCUCUCUCAGGAUGCGGAAUCCCGCAAGUCCUCUGGCGCAUUUUUACAGCCUCAACAGACGGGCGUUAGUUAUUUGAAAAACCACUCUUUCCGAAGCGGAUCCGCAUCGCCUGGUGUUGGUCGAAAAGAUGCAACAGUUUUCAAAAACAACGACGACGCCAUUGGUUAUAGGUCAAGCGCCCGCCGCCGUGUUGGCGGGAGUAGCCCCUCACCCACCCCGUCACCCGCCUCCGAGCGAGCCGAUGAAGAUAUUUCACUCGAGCAGCUGAAAAAGAAGAUCCGCGAGACGAAGAUCAUGUUGGAUGCUACUGAUUUCCAGGACGAGAAUCGCGCUGAGGAAGAAGAGGCGCUUAACCGGCGAGAUCGUAAGGAAGCUGAGUCGCUCAUGGAAAGAAUCCGACGCGUUCAGGAUGACAUCGACACCGAUUCCAAAGCUCCUUUCCGCAACACAGACUCUGGCGCUGAGCGCCGUGCGCUUCGCAGACAGCUCCAGUCGUAUCAGGACCAACUGCCUGAAAUAGCUUCGAGUGUCCGAAAGGUCGAACGGAACAUUGCCGACGCCAAGCUCGAAUUGUUCCGGUUGAAGGACGCAAAGGCCCAUCCUAAUUCUGCCUCUACGAUUGUUGGAACGGGUCCAGGUGGCGCCGUUACUGAAUCUGACCGUAUCAAAGCCCGCGCGCGUGCGAGGAUGCAGGCCAGAGCUGCGGAGUUGGCCGGCAGACCGCCACCGUCUACGGGUGAUGAUGAUGCAGCUGCUGCGCGACGGCUGGAAGAGGAGGCUUCCAGUGUCAAGGCUGAGCAGGAGCGGAAUGAGGCUAUGACGAAAGAUGUGGAGGAGAGUGUUAAGGAGUUCACGCGUAGUCUUGAGGAUGGACUUAAGGAGGUUGAUGAGAAUUCUACGCUGGAGCAUGAGAGGAGGCGGUGGGAGGAGGCGCUUGGUGUUGAGGAUAUGAUUCGCGAUUUCAUUUAUGAUUUGCAGCGGGGAAGUAGGACGGCGAAGGUUCGGAAGGAAGAGAAUGCUUCUGCUGCAAGAUCUCAGUCGUAUAACCUAAACAAUAAUGCAUCGCCUAAUGGCAAAGCUGCCACUACGCGACCAUCACCACCAGCUUCCACUGCUUCAACCUCAUCUCUUACCGGCCUUACGCAUCAAGAACGUGUGGCAUCAGCCAAGGAACGAGCACAGAAACGAAUUGCCGAGCGAAUGGCAGCUGCAGGCCUCAAGCCAAGUACAGACGGAGGCGAAACUCUCCUCGAACGCCAGGAGCGAGAGAAGCGUGAACGAGAGGAGAGGCGUAAACGGGCGGAGGAAGAAGAUGCCAAGCGAGAGCAGGAGAGGCAGCGUCGUAUUGUUGAAGAACAGAAUAGUCCGCUGGUCAAACCUACUAACAAGAAACCACCUCCGCCUCCCUCGCGCAAGGGUAGGACUGAUAGUACCGGCCAUCUAGAGGCUAAGAAGGUUGUGGAUAUUGAGAAACUUGUUAGAGUGAAUGCGGAGUCGGAAGAGAGGGAACGUUCGCUUCGAGAUGAACAGCAGGCUCAGGAGGCGGAAAGUCGUCGUUUAGAGGCUGAGGCUAGAGAACAAGAGGAGGAGCUUGCACGAGAGCGGGAAGCUGCCCAAACUCGUCUCAAGGCGUUGGAAGAGCAAGUUAAGCAGGGCAAGAUUAAGAAGCAGGAGGAAAAGCGCCGAAAGGCACUUGCUGUGAAAGAAUCUCAGGAAAAGGAAGCGCGGCUUGCUGCGCAACGUGCGGAGAUUGAAGCUGCACAUGCGCGGGAGAGAGAACUCCAGCGACAGCUUGAGGGCCUGGAUGAGGAAUCGUCAGAUGACGAGUGUGCUGUUGAAGUCACGCCGCAGAACAGCACCCCUAUGCAAAGCGCUGCUCCCCCUCUAUCUACAACCGCCCAACCGCCACCACCUGUAACCGUGCCGCGUCCUGCCACUCCUCCGGCUGUAUUUGAACCAGACUCUGGGCCACCACCAGCUCCAAAUGCGGCAUUUGCAAGUCCGAAAUCGGUCAAACAGAGCGCUGCUGCAGAUACAGAAUCGAAGAACCCAUACUUCGGCAAGUUCAGCCACUCUGACACUCAGCCGGGCUUCCACACGCCACCAGAACAAAUUGCAGAUCCUCUGGCGGCUGCUGUAGCUGCACCCACAACCACACCCGCCCCUCCAAAGACAGAAAUCCAAUCCACGAACCCCUUCCACCGCCUAGCGCAGCAGCAGGAGAGCCAGAAAUCCGCCUUCACAGCAACACCCCUCCCAGGAUCGCUAGGGCGUAAAUCUCGCGCCCGCCCAGAAGACGAUGAAUGGUCUGUCGCUGAAUCCGAAAACUCCUCCGAUGACGACGACGGUCGAGCGGCCGGUGGCAGCGCGAAGCAUCUUGCCAGCAUUCUCUUUGGCACCAUGGGUCCUCCCCGUCCCAUCAGCGCGGCGGAUGAGAAAGCAGAAUCGAAACCUGCCACACCCGCGCAGGCAAGUCCCGUUGCUGCACCACCACCACCACCCCCGCCGCCUCCUGCGGCACCACCCGUGCAAGCCCAAGGUGUAGAAGACGACGACGAUGAUGAUGACGAAGCGGAAUUCCAAGACGCACCGUCUAUGCCUCCACCUCCUCCACCCCCUGCGCCAUUCGCAGAGGCACCAUUUUCGCCCCCUCCACCUCCACCACCAGUUCCCAGCGGUGCCGCACCACCCGCACCACCCCCACCUCCACCACCAGCAGGCCCGACUGGUGCUCCUCCUCCUCCGCCACCUCCACCAGUGGCUGGUGUGUCUCCUAUGCCUACGAUUCCGAAGGUUGGUGGUGGCGCCGUUGGAGGGGACGUUCGAGGGGCGUUGUUGGCGAGUAUACAGGCUGGGAAGGGGUUGAGGAAGGUGGAGACGAAGGAUCGGAGUGCGGCUGCUGUGUCGGGGAGAGUUCUUUAG